GAGUUCAAUUAGUGCAAUAGUUUCCAAAGUUCUGUGUACCGCGUUUACAAGUGAAUCAUUAUUAUCGUAAAGAAAUUAAGUAAAUUUAUAAAAAACUAUUUCCAAAAUCAUGUCAGCCACCAAGGUGCCUCCUUUAACUUAUAAAGUGUUAGCCGAGUGUUCGUCCUCAAAGGCUAGAGCGGGACUUAUGACCCUAAGGCAUAGUGAAGUUAAUACGCCGGUCUUUAUGCCGGUUGGUACACAAGGUACCAUGAAGGGCAUAUUGCCGGAUCAAUUGGUGGACUUGAAUUGCCAAAUACUCUUGGGUAACACUUACCAUUUGGGUAUGCGGCCCGGCAUAGAAACACUGAAAAAAGCUGGUGGUCUGCACAAGUUCAUGGGCUGGCCUAGAGCUAUACUUACCGAUUCUGGUGGUUUUCAAAUGGUUUCCCUUUUGCAAUUGGCCGAAAUAGAUGAGAAUGGUGUUAAUUUUAGAUCACCCUUUGAUAAUAGUGAAUGUAUGUUGACACCUGAACAUUCCAUAGAAAUACAAAAUGCUAUUGGUGCUGACAUAAUGAUGCAAUUGGAUGAUGUGGUUAAGACUACCACAACCGGACCCAGAGUAGAAGAGGCUAUGCAUCGCACCAUUCGAUGGGUGGAUAGAUGUAUAACUGCUCAUGCAAGGGAUGACGAUCAAAGUUUAUUUCCCAUUGUACAAGGUGGUCUGGAUAAGGAAUUGAGAAAGCAGUGUGUGGCUGGUUUAAUGGAGCGUAACGUUCGUGGCUAUGCUGUGGGAGGCUUAAGUGGUGGCGAGAGUAAGGAUGAGUUUUGGCGUACUGUGCACACCUGUACCGACUUACUGCCCAAAGAUAAACCCAGAUACUUAAUGGGUGUAGGUUUUGCGGCCGAUUUGGUGGUGUGUGUGGCUUUAGGUAUAGACAUGUUCGAUUGUGUUUUCCCCACAAGAACCGCACGUUUUGGCAGUGCUUUAGUCAUGAAUGGCCAGCUGAAUUUAAAACAAAAAAAGUAUGCCCUAGAUAUGCGUCCCAUCGAUGAGGAUUGUAACUGCAGUACCUGUAAACUAUACACUAGAUCCUAUUUACACCAUAUAGUAACAUUCGAGAGUGUUUCCUGCAGUCUUUUAAGUAUUCAUAAUAUAGCUUUUCAAUUGCGUUUAAUGCGUGAAAUGCGCGAGGCUAUACAACGUGAUGAAUUUCCCAAAUAUGUAAGAGAAUUUAUGAGUAUACACUUUGCCAAUGAGCCAGUGCCUAAUUGGAUAAGAGAAGCUUUGGCUGCUGUGAAUAUAGUAUUACCGGAGGAUAAAGUUAGUAAGAGGAAAAGUGAAACAGAGGCUAGUGAAUGUGUGGAAGUGGAGGCUAAACGUGUUGCUUAAGAGUUUUUUAAAUGUGUUCAAAUAUAAACAAUUUCUUAAGGAA